AUCGUAAAAAAACAAUUAGAGCAGGGGGUUGCCAUUGACGUGAGAAGCAAAAUGGCAGGUCAUUGUGGGAGGAAAAGGGCAGAAAUGGAUGUAAAUGUCAUUGCAGAUACCCCCCUCAGGAAGCGGGGUACUAUCAGAACAUUAGCAGCAGCAAUUGGCAAGCCAAAGUCUAUUGUCCAUCAGUGGAUAAAAAGAGACCAAAUAGAACCUUUGAGUAUGCCUCACCAACCUAUAUUCAAGUCUUUUCAUAAUGUAUUGCACAUUGAUGAGAAGUGGUUCUUUAUGACCAAAACAUCUCAGAGGUUUUACCUUCUUCCUGAAGAAGUUGACCCCUAUAGGACUUGCAAAUCAAAAAGGUUCAUUACAAAAGUCAUGUUCUUGUGUGUGGUUGGUAGACCACUUAUUGAUGAUAAUGGAGUUGUUCUUUUGGAUGGAAAAAUUGGCAUUUUUCAUUUUACUGAAACUGUUGAAGCCAAAAGAAGGAGCAAGAACAGGGCUAAAGGGGUCUUGGAAGUCAAACCAAUCAAGGCAGUUACCAAACAAGUCAUAAAAGACAUGCUUAUAAAUAAAGUAAUUCCAGCUAUCCAAGAGAAGUGGCCUAGAAAUUUAUCAAAGAACAUUCAUAUUCAAAAGGAUAAUGCUAGGCCACACAUUCAAGGUUUAGACUCAGAAUUUGUAGCUGCAGGAAACAGUAAUGGUUUCCACAUUACCCUAGUUGAGGAAUUGUUAGAGGCAGUUCAAGGAGCUUAUAAUGCUCUAAAUCCAGAAACUUUAAAUAAAGUUUGGUUAAGUUAUCAGCAGGUCAUGACUACAAUCAUGGAAAAAGGAGGAAACAGUUAUAAACUGCAGAAUAUGGGCAAAGGCAGACUGGAAAGUUCUGGGACACUGCCUAAGUCCCUUCACAUAGACCCAGAGGUAGUUGUCAACACAGCAAGACUACUUGGAGAAGGAAAUGGGAGUAUACCUGAAGAUAUGAUUCAGUUCAACCCUGAAGAGGAAGAUGAAUACCUCUUUUCAGACUUGAACUGAAUGGAAUGGGAACAACAAAAAGGUUUUUUGGGCAGGGAAAGGCUUUUGGUUUUUGGGAUGCUGGCAGGGAAGGGCUUUUGGUUUUUGGGAUGCUGGCAGGGAGUGUAUUUCCAAGUGCUUAAAUUUUUUUUGUUUUUUGCAAGUGCUUGAACCUUUGUAUAUAUGUACUCAGAACAAGGUAACUACACAACCUGCUCUAUAUGUAUUUACAACAUCCAACAUACCUUACCUUUGUUUACUUUAU